AUGUUUGUGGAGGAGGUUGCUGAACUCGUCGAGCUCUUGCCACUGAGAGGAGCAUUAGUGGGGCUGCCAGGAGUGGAUGGUUUGUCUACCGAACAGAGGAAGAGGCUCACUAUAGCAGUUGAGCUUGUUGCCAACCCAUCCAUCAUAUUCAUGGAUGAACCAACUUCGGGACUAGAUGCGAGGGCAGCUGCAAUUGUGAUGAGGACAGUCAGAAACACGGUCGAUACUGGACGCACAGUCGUCUGCACAAUCCAUCAGCCCAGCAUCGACAUCUUUGAAACUUUUGAUGAGGGAGUACGAGGUGUGAAGAAAAUCAAGGACAGUUACAACCCAGCAACAUGGAUGUUGGAAGUGACCACCCUAGCUCAAGAAGACAUUCUUGGGUGCAACUUUGCUGAAGUAUACAGGAAUUCAGAUUUAUACCGGAAGAACAAAAAUUUGGUCAGUGAAUUAAGCACACCUCGACCUGGAUCCAAAGACUUGUACUUCCCAACACAGUACUCACAGUCCUUCAUCAUACAGUGCAUGGCUUGCCUAUGGAAGCAGCACAAGUCAUACUGGAGAAACCCGUCGUACACUGCAACUAGAAUCUUCUUCACCACACUUAUUGGCUUUGUAUUUGGAACCAUCUUCUUAAGCUUAGGCAAGAAAGUUGGCAAGAGACAGGACCUGUUCGACGCUUUGGGAUCCAUGUAUGCCGCGGUUCUUUUAAUUGGAGUUCAGAAUGGCCUAACCGUACAACCGAUAGUAGAAGUUGAGAGAACAGUAUUCUAUCGAGAAAAGGCUGCUGGAAUGUACUCGGCUCUACCCUAUGCUUUUGCACAGGUUGUAAUUGAGAUCCCACACAUCUUCCUCCAGACCGUUGUGUAUGGUCUCAUCAUAUAUACCUUGAUAGGCUUCGACUGGACAGUCCAAAAGUUCUUUUGGUACAUGUUUUUCAUGUACUUCACGUUCAUGUACUUCACAUUCUAUGGGAUGAUGUUAGUUGCCAUGACACCAAACAGUGACAUCGCCGCCCUAGCUUCAACUGCAUGCUAUGCAAUAUGGAACAUCUUUUUGCUGGCUUCAUUAUCCCCAGACCAAGGAUACCAAUAUGGUGGAGAUGGUACUCGUGGACAUGCCCAGUGGCUUGGACACUAUAUGGACUUGUGGCUUCCCAAUUUGGAGACAUUACAGAUGUUAAGCUGGAAGAUGGGGAAAUAG